GCAUUGACAGCAUCGUGUCCACGGCCUAAUCGUUGCUUAAGGCAAAAAUAAAAACAAUCCAACGUGUUCUUGGCAUAUUUCAGCAUAUUGAAAAUUGUAUUAGUGAUACCGGAUGGGGGACCUACCACGAGAUAUCAACGGACGUUACUUCGUUAGUUACGAAGACUUAGAGAUUCACCGGUUAAUGUUGACGGACAGCUCACGCCAGGAUGCGUAUCGGAAUGCUAUACUCAGCAAUAAGAAUCUUUUUCAGGACAAAACAGUACUAGAUGUUGGAACCGGAACCGGAAUUCUAGCAGUAUUUUGUGCCCAAGCGGGUGCGAAAAAAGUAUAUGCCGUAGAAGCAUCUAACUUGGCCAAUCUAGCGCGUGAGGUGGUUAAGGAAAAUUCUUUCGAUAGUACAAUCGAGGUGUUUGAAUGUAAAAUCGAGGACUUUCGACUUCCGGAUGGUGCGGAGCGGGUUGACAUCAUCGUUUCAGAGUGGAUGGGUUUCUUUCUAUUACACGAAGGAAUGCUGGAUUCCGUUAUUUUUGCGAGAGACAAUUUUCUGAAAUCCAACGGACUAUUGUUUCCGGAUACCGCGACGAUAUUCGUAGCACCCUGCAGCGUACCGAGUCGAUUUGAUGAUUUUGAGAGCUUGUCCGGUGUUAAUAUGAGAUGUUUCGGUCGAGAACUAAGAAAACAAAAGUCAGAUAAACCGGAGGUUCUCAACGUUUCGGCAGAACAUUUGCUACACGAAGGUCAUAUAAUGGCUUGGUUGGAUUUAAAGGAAGUCAGCGUCGAAGAUUUAGACGCGUUCGAGAUGAAAGAGGUGAUGGUUAUUCAAAACUCGGGAAAAUUUCAAGGUAUCUGCAUAUGGUUCGACUGUACUUUUCCCAGUGGUGAUCCCAGCCAGGUAGCACAUGAAGUUGUUUUAUCCACUAGCCCAAAAAGUCCGGUCACGCACUGGAAACAGAGCGUCAUUCUGCUGCCCGAAGAUGCCUGUGAAGAUGUGGAUAAACUCGAUCCUAUAGCUUUCAAUUUGAGUUUAAGUAGGAAUGCUGAGCAUGGACGGAGAUACAACAUUCAGUUGACACUACUGGAUGCGGAGAAGGAAGAACAUAGCUUACCUUGCGAAUGCGUGAUGACGAAGUGUAUUCUGAUGAAGGCCCACUUGCAGAAAAUGGAGGUUGAUCAAUUAUAAAGCGCCAGGCGAAAUUAUGUA